AUUAGUAUGUAUCUGUAUCGCAUAAUGUAAUCUGGUUACCUGUUUGUUGAUGUUAUCAUUUGGGUGUGUAUUCCUAUGACGAAGAAACGUGCACAUGAUGUAUUGGCGGAGGUUUUUGUGGAUUUACCGUGUCAGGACGACUCUCGUGCAUCUGAGAGUUUUGUCAAGUUACGUGACUGUCUAGUUGGAUACCGUUCUGAGGUUGAACGACUUGAAUCUCGCAAUGCCUACCUCGUUCGAGAGAAUGAGUGUUUGCGUGACUUGUGUUCUUCCAUCGGUACUUUAUGGGAUGUCUUAAACGAUGAGUUCGGUCGACUGGUUGAUGGUACCAAGGUAGCAUCUGAUAGGAGUGUAGUUACCGAGGACACGUUUUUAGACUCAUUACAUCGUAAUCGCUUACCUUUUUCGGUUAUUCGCAGUAAACAAUCUGCUAAGACCCUGCCUUUUGACAUUGCAUCUUCUGUAAGUGACACAUCAUCGGAAGGGAAUACUAUUCCCGGUGAUGUCGAGUUGGAAUCGUCGUUGUCUACCCACUUGGAAGCAUUCAAUCGCCGCAAGGACGAGUUAGUAAAACGCGUCCAGCAAUGCUGCCUCUUAGGUUCACAUACUACUAACGGUAGCUCAGAUGAGCAGCUGUCGAUUGAGCGUGGUUAUCGUCGCAUUUUGGAGUUGGCAGUUGGUCGUUUGUAUGACCUUCUAGAUCAAUCUCGUGCUGAAUUAUCCAUACAGCGUAUGGAGAAUGGCAAGCUUGAGGUAGAGAUAUCUCGUUUAACAAAGGUGAACUCUACGUUACGUCAUUCAUUGGAUGAGGCCAAGUCUGAAAUUACUCAGCUGACACGAGCUAGUACGAAGGAGGUGACAUCUCCAACCACUGCCGCAGCAAGUUCGUCAGCAUCCAUGGAAGUGCGCCCACCUCAAGCUGAUAAAAUCCGUUCUGUUGAUGACAUAACUGAAGCCAUGAUAGUUGGCUCGACGUUAUAUUCUCGUUUAUAUCACGUAUGCGUAGCUCAGGACGGCGAGAUAAACCGCCUUGAAAAGGAGAACUGUAAGCUUCGAUCGACUUAUCAGCGUAUGAGCUUAGAUAAGGACCAGCGCUUAUUUGAGUAUAUUCAGCGUUACGAAUCAACUCACAACUCGUUGAUUGAACACGUCAGUACUGUAGAUCGCCGUUUAGAUGAAUACAAGGGUGAAUUACAGUAUCAGCGUGAGUUGCAGCGUAGAUUGGAAGCUCAGGUUUCUAGUUUACAAUCUGAACGUGAUGCCUUGAUGUCAAAAAUAGAAUCCAAGGAUCGCUUAUACAGUGACCAUUUAAAUCGCAUGUCUAAAAUUAUAGGCACAUCAAAUUCCGAUUCGGGUGUAGCUGACUACCAGGAACAGUUACAGAACUUGAGCGUAGAGCUUGAGGAGAUAAGUCUGGCUUAUGAGGAGAAGGUCACUGAGAAUGAGCGUCUUCAACGCCAGUUGAAGGAGCUUAAUAUGUAUCGUGACAAGUGUGCCAAUACCGAUUUCGAGAUACGUGCUAUGGAGGAAAAGUUAUCUCGUGCAAGGUCAUUUUGUGAUCGCAGGAUAGAGGGUGCUUAUGAUUUUCAUAAGGCUCUCACUAACCGUUUGACGGCCUACCGCAACACAUGGUUAUCAUCUUACCGUCGUAGUCUGUUGUUCGAGAAGAAGCGUGACAUUGCAUCUUCUGCUUUGUGUGAGUCUCAGGCUCGGUUACGACGGUGUCAGCGUGACCUUAAGGAAUGCCAAUCCCGUUUAUCAUAUUUGCUACCUAGUGGUGGCGAUAAUAACACGAACCAGCUUCCUGAAGGACUUGAUGUUAAGGGUGACAUUUGCAGUGUCAUUCGUGAGAAUGAGGUUUUACGUCGUCGUAUGAUUUGCACGUUGUGUUCGGAACACUUCCGUGACCGUUGUUUGACUCAGUGCGGUCACGUGUUUUGUGAGGCUUGCAUUAACAGCAGCAUUAAGAGCCGUAAUCGCAAGUGUCCCGCUUGUAAGGUUGUGUUUGACCGCAACGACGUUAAGCGUUUAUACUUUGACUAACUAUAUAUAGUAUGU